UAUUGGACUGCCUGAAAGCUUUCCUUGGCACGAACGGGAGAAGAAUCAAAGGAAUACGGGGCUCAGGGCAAAUGAGUUAGGAGUUCAAUAAGCCAAGCUUCUCCCCUGGGUCACGAAGAUCUAAGUAAGGAGGGAGUUCUAGUGACUAGCUUGAAGUGGCGAAUGCUCUUUCUUCCUAUCUGGGAAUCAUAGCCUAGUCUGACUCAUCGAAGAGAGAUCCCUACUCUGAUUGCUUAAAAGCGAGUUCAGUCACCCGAGGAGAGAGGCAACUCACUAAGCGAAGAAGAAGACGGUGCUUGCUAUAGAUUCUUUGAGGAAUAAGCCCGGUGUCGUCUAAGCUCUCUACGAAUACCAGGGGAGAUCACACUCUUGUUCAAACGAGAAUGGCCGUAACUAAGCCCAAAGAAAACAAAGGCGCGAAACGAAGGGAUUGGAUGAUCAGAUCAGUGGGCAACCAUAGUGGACUUUUUUCGUGGUGUUGUUGACGUUGUUGAAAGCCUCGCUUUUCGGAGCUGCUCCCAGCUUACACUAUGGUAGAGGAGGUGCCGUGAAGAUCUAGGUGUGUGAGCAGUACGAGCUGAAAGGCUCCCAUACUGUUUGGAGGGCAGGGGGCAUAGAUGCCAAACAAACCUGACCCCUAUCUAUCGUCGUAGAAGCUGUUCCUAGGAAAGAUUAUGGUUCUCGGGUAUCCAAUCAAUUAAUCCCCUAAACCGGGGGAGCUUAAGCGAAAAGAAAAGAGUAGGGUGAGGGAGAAGCCACUAAAUGGAAGGCUUUGCUCGCUCGCUCCAACGCUCGUUUAGUAGAACAGCGAGUGGAGUGCAUAAGCCCCUUUAGAGAUUAGAGAUAGGGGCGAGUACUACACGAGCUCGUAAGUCAAGUACGGAACGAGCCUUGUGAAGCAGAGCACCCUCAUCUUGCUUGCUUCUGGCGAAGCUUCUAGCACUAGAUAAUAGGCAUUCUGGUAUGGCAGGAAUACCACUUUUUAGGUUGACCACUACAUAGGAGCGAUAGCGAAGCCAAGCCGUAUAAAGGCGAGCAGCCCUUAUAGCAAUAGCAAAGGGCCUACUUAUAGCCCUAACCUUAGAAAAGCGCCCACGGGGAGGAACUUAAGAAGCAGAUUAAGGACUUCUUAGCCUCCUUCCGCUCAAACCGAACCAAGCCCCCGCGACACAUGGUAGAGAGCCUUCUCGAGGAGCUUCAAGUAGAUGAAGCUUCGGACGAAAGAAGGAACGAGAUUUCCCGACUUAUCUUAUCUCGGGUAUCUUGAACGAUCCACACGCAGUGACAGAUGGUCAACGGGCGAAUGGCAUUUCUAUAGUAUAGGAUUCAGUGUUCAAGGGCUCAGUAGGGAAUCAGAGUCAGCUUGGCGAGUUCGUUUGCUCUCUUCUUUUACGUAAUAUCGGGUGUUAGAACGGAUUCUCCUUUAUUAGCUAGUCGAAGAUAGUUCACUUGGAACUUGCAUCCUAUGAAUGAAGUAAGCCAAGCAUUGAAUGACUUGAGAAGCAUGCCUAGCGCUUUCUAAAAGAGUUUUCUUAGAUACCGAAUCAACUGUCUUAGACUUGACUACAGAGAUCGAACUCUCUGGAUUGGAUCUAAACUUUCUCGAAAGCUUGCUAAAAGUGAUUCCGCUUGCAAGUCCAAGAUCUGGUCUUCUCUUUCUCUGUCGGCGACUACGCUGCUAGCUUGACUUCCAGCUGCGAGAAAUCGAACUAGUUGGUUUGGCAGGAAGCUAAUUGCAUAAAAGAAGCAUUCGACUUUGGGAAAGAGAAUAGAAGGAGUCAUUAUAGGAUCCCUCUGUAUUGCAUUGGGUUCACUGGGGUUUAUAUAAAGCGAUACGCAGAAGAGAGAGAAUCCGUCUGUCUUUAUAGUUUUAUAGUGCGGAUGGACUGACCGCAUCAAAGCUUUCCGGUUCUAUUCCUUUAUGAUAUGAAGAAAGGCUUGUUAUCGCCUUCGGUUAGCUCUUUUUCUACUGCUUUCCUCCGCUUAACACAAAAAACAAGCUCCAAAACCCAUUCCGGUGGUGGAUUGAAAUGGGUUUUUGUAUUAUCCUAUAUAAGGAAAGUGUACAUUGAGUCCUAACCAGACCCCGUGUACGGAUAGAAAGUAGAUUUAUCCGAUAAUUCUUUUUCCCAUGCUUUCUGUUGGUCAACAACCAACCGCAGCUCUCAUUUCGUUUUUCACAGGAUCUUUCUGGAAUCAAUUGAAAAAAGAAAAGUGAAAAUGCCUCAAUUAGAUAAAUUCACUUAUUUCACACAAUUCUUCUGGUCAUGCCUUUUCCUCUUUACUUUCUAUAUUGCCAUAUGCAAUGAUGGAGAUGGGGUACUUGGGAUCAGCAGAAUUCUAAAACUACGGAACCAACUGGUUUCACACCGGGAGACCAACAUCCGGAGCAACGACCCCAAGAGUUUGGAGGAUAUCUUGAGAAAAGGUUUUAGCACCGGUGUAUCCUAUAUGUACUCCAGUUUAUUCGAAGUAUCCCAAUGGUGUAACGCCGUCGACUUAUUGGGAAAAAGGAAGAAGAUCACUUUGAUCUCUUGUUUCGGAGAACUAAGUGGCUCACGAGGAAUGGAAAGAAAUAUAUUCUAUUUGAUUUCGAAGUCCUCAUAUAGCACUUCUUCCAAUCCUGGAUGGGGGAUCACUUGUAGGAAUGACAUAAUGCUAAUGCAUGUUCUACACAGCCAAGGAAGCAUCGGGUUUUAAUCUCAUUAUGACUUGGUCGUUCGGAAGAGCACUCGAUCAGAAUAGUGGAAUGGAGGGCACUACAAGAAAAAAACCGCCCCGCGAAGACAGAGGUUCUCGAGAUUCUCAAUCGCUCUUUUUAGUGGGGAG